CGACGACCAAAAGGGGUGCAUGCCCCUACUUUCCUCUCCUCCAACCAUCUGGGCGCUAUCUUCCAUGACGUGUAAUUGCCACUCCUCCUAAGGCAACAAACGCAAAACCGGUGGACAACAGUAGCGAGGCUAACCAGCUGGAGGGAUUCAACUCCGACGGAGUCCUUAGUAUCGCAGAAAGGGGGAACGGAGAGUCUGCCAGGGCUUUUCUAACACCGAACGACCCACGGAGCAAGAACCCGCUUAUUCAAUUAAGCUACUAUAAAACUACACCGAUAAUAAGGGCAAUUUACCCAGCAGAGAUGGCACAGGAGACCAAUCAGAGUCAAGCGCCCAUGCUUUGUGCUACCGGCUGUGGUUUCUUUGGAAACCCCAGGACCAGUGGCAUGUGCUCUGUCUGCUAUAAGGACCACCUGACCAGACAGAACAAUGGAGGAGUGAGCCCCCUGAGUGCAAUGGGUGGCAGUGUCUCCAGUAGCCCCACAAUGGAGGCCUCUGCCAUCCAGAGAAUUGAGGCCACAUUGAAUAAUGCUGCGGCGGCGGCUGCUGCUGAAGCUGAUGCGGAAGCUGCCAGUGGGGCAGCAGCUGCUCUUCCUGUUACCCAACAGAUGACCGAGAUGAGCAUUUCCUGUGAGGAGGAAGGAGCAUUGCCUAAAGCAGAGCUUGCAGAACCUGUGGUCACUCAGCCCAUCGCCUCCGCUUCCCCUCCCAGUGCUGCCGGGAGUGACGAAUCCAAAUUACCCGAACCCGCCAAACCGAAGAAGAACAGGUGCUUCAUGUGCCGCAAGAAGGUUGGCCUUACAGGUUUUGACUGCCGCUGUGGGAACCUGUUCUGUGGACUCCACCGUUACUCAGACAAGCACAACUGCCCAUACGACUACAAAGCAGAGGCCGCCGCCAAGAUCCGCAAGGAGAACCCUGUGGUGGUGGCCGAUAAGAUCCAGAGAAUAUAAGACCUUUUCUCACUUUGACCUUGAACACUGAGUGAUUGGAUUAAAAAAAGGACUCGUGCUGACCUGCGUUCUAAAGGACUAGUUUUUUAAAUUACAGUAUGGGGGGGGUCCAGUUUCCUGCAAUGCAUGAACGAUCACAUUUUUUAUUUUGUUUUCUGUUGGUGUCUGUGCUUAUGAUUAAAGAAAAAUGAGAAAGAUCAAAAAUGUUUUUUUAGAAUACUACAGACUAGAAAUGUUGCUUUUCCGGUGAUGCCUGGACCUGGCUUAAUUCUCACUGUUUAUGGGGGAGUCUGAUUGUUGUCAAGUAGGCGAGCUGAUGUGUUAACUACUUUUGUGACUGGCUAUCUGUGUGUUGAGAUUUUUCUGAGGAUAGUGGGGGACACUAGCCUAUGAGACUGUUACAGCCCCGACCGGAUCACUCCCGCAGUGGCAGGUCACAGCUGGCUUAUGUUGGGAAUAGCUGUUUUUGCUCAACUUCUCAUAACGUGUCAUGGUGUCCUCCAUGGAGUCUGUUUUAUAUGUACUACCAUACAUGUUUGUUUUUUUGCUGCAUGGGGCCUCAGUUCAGGGGAGGUCCUCAAGCACAUUUCCCUAUUGUGAGAUAAGAUGUGAAGUAGUGACAUAAAAAAAAAGCUUGAUUUAUUAGUCAACUAAAGAACAUCUUGGAGGAUCUUAUGAAGUUAUCAUCCAGUAGGCAUGGUGAAAGCAACCAUACCCCUGACACUUGGACGAUGGCUGGAUGGAUGUGUUCUAUUCCAACCUUAUUGGCUCUCAUCAGAGAUGCAUCUGAAUCAAACCGGAUAUCAUUGUGUCAUACAAGCCUGCUUCACUGGUUCAUUCUUCUGGCAAUGUGUGCUGCACUAAAAAAAAACAUUGCUUAGGUUUACUUGUCUCUGUUAACGAUUAUUUCCUAAAGAAGUAUUUAGGUUCGAUGCUGUGAUGCUCAUUUGCAGGGGAUACUUGGCGCUGCCUCUGACCGGGUGGAUAGGAAGUUGGAGGAAGACUUCCUGCAAUGAGAUCAAGGUCAGGUCAUUUGACCUCACUCAUCCAGCCACUCGGGUCAUGUGACAGUGUUGAUGCCCAUUCUGUGUUCUUGUUUUCUCCCUUCUCGUGUCCAUGUUUUUAUGAGGAUAUGGAGUGUUUUGCAUGGGUUGUUGUAUCAAUGACAAAAAGCCUAAAUGAACCAGAUUGCUGAGGUUGGAAGGGUUAGGUCCACUAAUCUUUUGAAUGUUUCACUUCUGUUUUGUUAAUUUUAUUAAUCUUUUUAAUGUGUGUGUGUGCUGAUAUGUUUGAUUGUGGAGUGCGUGUCACAUGCUAUGUAUUAAACACAAGUGUAGUGCAGUAGACUUGGAUGGAUGGAUGGUGGAUGAGUAUUGUGUAUGUUUGUAUGCAAGUAAGUGCUUGUGUUCCUCAGUAGUCAGAACUGGUCCAGUGGACUCACUCUUGAUUUAGAUUCUUUUAGUUUUUCUGUUUUAUUUGGUCCUGCUGUUCACGCUGUAGGCUGUGAGAUUUCACUUUAUGUUUUAAUAUUUUUAACCCUUUUUUUUAGUUAUGCAAGUUUGUACAAACCAUUAUUUAUGUACUGCGCAUUUAAUCUUGUUACACAACAUUACUGCAAAAUUGUAUCAUGUAAAUAAAAUGAUGUACAGAGAUAUAGAA